GACUGGAAGAGGAAGAGGAAGAGAUUGACGGCAGUUGGCAGUUGGCAGUUGACAGAUCGUGCCAGAUCGUGUUUCCUGUGAUGGGUGUUACCUAAUUAUUCAUCCUGAAGUCUUUAGUUGUUACUUGAGUUAUUUUUCGCGAUUUGGUGCAACGACACUCUUUCUUUUCCCUUGUUGUUUUACAUUGUAAUAAGAAGAGAUUAAAAUGCCUGUCUUCCAUACCAAAACUAUCGAGAGUAUUCUCGAACCAGUAGCUCAGCAGGUUUCAAGACUUGUUAUUUUACAUGAAGAAGCUGAAGAUGGAAAUGCAAUGCCAGAUUUGGAACGGCCUGUGCAGGCCGUUAGUAUGGCUGUGACCAAUCUUGUGAAAGUCGGAAAGGAAACAAUAAACUCAUCUGAUGAUGCAUUGCUUAAACAAGACAUGCCUGCGGCACUACAACGUGUUGAAGGUGCUUCUCGUCUUUUGGAGGAAGCGUCGGCGAUGCUGAAACAGGAUCCAUAUUCUGGACCUGCUAGGAAAAAACUUAUAGAGGGAUCACGUGGUAUUUUGCAAGGCACUAGUUCCUUGCUUCUCUGUUUUGAUGAGAGUGAAGUGCGAAAGAUUAUACGAGAAUGCAAACGUGUAUUAGAUUAUCUUGCUGUUACUGAAGUUAUUGAAACAAUGGAGGAUCUAGUACAUUUUCUUAAGAAUUUAAGUCCAUGUCUCAGCAAGGUUUCAAGAGAAGUGAGCGCUCGCGAGAAGGAGCUAACGCAUCAGGUUCACAGAGAGAUAUUAGUGCGCUGCUUAGACCAAGUCAAAACACUUGCUCCUAUUCUGAUCUGUUCCAUGAAAAUUUUCAUCCAUAUUAUUUCACAAGGUGGAAAAGGUGCGGAUGAGGCAGCAGAAAAUCGCAACUACUUGUCUGGCAGAAUGUCUGAUGAAUUGAAUGAAAUUAUUCGAGUGUUGCAAUUGACUACAUAUGAUGAAGAGGAGUGGGAUGCAGAUCAAUUGACUGUGCUGAAGAAGGCUCAGAGUGCUAUAGAAUCCAGGAUACGAGCAGCUUAUGAUUGGUUAGACGAUGGACAGGCUCUAAGAGGUGGCGUAGGAGAAAAGAGCCUUCGUCAAAUAAUAGAACAAGCGUCGCGUUUAGCAGAACGUUAUCUAUCUCCAUCGCAAGCGGAACCUAUUUCUAAACUGGCUUCCCAGAUUGUCACUAUGACCGAUGCCCUUUGCGAAUUGCGUCAAAACGAAAAAGGCACUACACCUCAAGCGGAAGCCUUAGCCCGCGGUAUUAAAGAGAAAUUGAACGAACUUCGCGGCUCGGUAGCAUCCGCUUUAGUGGCAGCAGAUAAAUCGGGAACCGCACAGACGGCACACACAGUAGCGGGUCGAUUAGAACAAGCGAAUAAGUGGCUUCUGAAUCCACAUCACGAUGAUAAGGGACUUGGUAAAAGGGCUAUAGCUUUAAUAAUACACGAAGGAAAGAAGGUGGCCGAGGGUUUGCCAGGUAUACAUAAGGCGGAGAUUUUGCAAUUGUGCGACGAGGUGGACAACUUAUCGCAUCAGCUUGCCGAUCUUUGCGCCCAUGGUCAGGGCAAUACUCCACUUGCUCUGGAAAUCGCCCGCCAGCUGUCUCAUAAACUCUAUGAAUUGAAAAACAGGAUACAACAGGCCGUCGUGUCUCGCGUCGUCGAGGAUUUCAUCGAUAUUACAACACCUCUGAAACAAUUCACAGACGCCGUUUUAGCACCUACGGGCACACCUGGACGGGAUCAAAACUUCAACGAUAAGACACGCACGCUGCAGACAUUCUCGAAUAGAGCGGCAAAGACGGCAAGAAUGGUCGCGGCUGGCGGAAGCGGAGGGAAUAAGAAACUGGCCGAAGCUUUAGCUGCCAGUGCCUCGCAAGUGGAAUCUCUGACACCGCAAUUGAUCAACGCCGGACGAAUUCGCAUGACUUAUCCAGACAGCAAAGCCGCGGAUGAGCACUUUGAAAAUUUACGACAGCAAUAUGCAGAGACGAUGCAGAGAGCGCGAGCAUUGUGCGACGAGGCGACCGAUAGCGGCGAUUUUAUCAGAACAUCCGAGGAACAGAUGCAGAAACAUUUGUUUCUUUGCGAUGAGGCUAUUGCCAAAGCGCUCCCGCAAAAGAUGGUCGACAACACGGCGUCUAUCGCACGUCUCGCGAAUCGAGUUAUACUUGUAGCGAAACAAGAAAGCGACAAUAGCGAAGACCCUGCCUUCAUACAAAGAGUAAAUCAUGCUACCGAUGUUCUUCAAAACAGUGUUGCUCCAAUGGUUCAGGAUGCUAAAUUAGUGGCGAUGAACAUCAAUGACAGCUCUGCAGUAUCACGCUGGAGAGAAAGUAAUUGCGCACUAUUAGCCAACGUCGGGCAAGUUCGUAAAGCCAUUAUAAUUCGACCGGAUUUGGUGCCACCAUUGGAAAUGUCACAGUUACAUAUUAAUGAUGAUGAACAAAUUCCAAUCAAAUAUAAUUACUCCAAAACUAAAGUAGAGAAUCCCGAUCUUUUAUAUCAAGAACUGGCCUCUGACAACGAGUUAGAAAAAUCAAUUCACGACGGAGAAGUGGCACCUCCUCGCCCGCCUUUACCAGGAGGCGAUAUUCCUCCUCCAAGGCCUCCUCCUCCCGAGACAGACGACGAGGAAGAAAUGUUUAUGCACGCUCCUCAACCUAAUCAACCGAUAAUGAUGGCUGCCCAUGGUUUACAUCAAGAAGUACGACAAUGGUCGAGCAAGGAUAAUGAGAUUAUUGCUGCGGCGAAGAAGAUGGCUAUAUUAAUGGGAAGAUUGUCGGGACUGGUCAGAGGUGAAGGUGGUAAUAAACGAGAUCUCAUUGCGUGCGCCAAAGCAAUUGCGGAAGCUUCUCAAGAAGUGACUCGUCUCGCGAAAGAACUCGCCAGAGAGUGCACUGACAAACGUAUUCGUACGAAUCUUCUUCAAGUUUGCGAGCGUAUACCCACUAUCGGAACACAAUUGAAGAUACUGUCUACAGUAAAAGCCACUAUGCUCGGAGCACAAGAGACACUCCCGACCUGGGAAGAGCUGAUGCUUUAUGAUGAAUUGAUUGGCUGCAGUAAGUGGAUUAUAAAAUUUAUAGCCAAUUUUUAGAUAGCAAAUUAUUCAAUAUAGUAGUACUGUCCAUAUUUUCUAUAUGCUAAAUAUCAGUAUAUCGUGUAUUUCAAUCUAAUACAUAUUUCAUUAUUAUUGAUUGCCACAUUUGUGCAAUUUAUGAUUUAUCAUUUGUAUAUAUUAUGGUAAGCAGACAUUUGAAUUUUUUCAAAUGAUUCAUAAAAAUUUCCUUCAAGCAAUCAUCAGUCUCUGCUCCGAAAUGUGUUUUCAUUUUCAUCCAUGCAUGUACUUUUUAUAUAAUUACUAGCAUUUGCAUAUAUUCACUAUACCUACACAUGAUUUUUACAAAGCAUUCCAUUUAUUUAACUUGUCUACAAAAGUUUUGAGCCAUAGUCAUUAUGAAGAACUUUCUUUUAAUGUAAUUGCUAGAUGCACAGUAAACAUGCACAUUCUAGAUAUUUAUAUUAUAUGCAUCUAGUUUCCUGAUUUGAGCAGUAAUUAAUUGUACAUUGCAUGUAGAUUACACAAAUCACACAUUUUAUAAUAAAUGAGAAGCUUUUUUCAUUCUUCAACACUUAAUAAAGUAUUCAUUAGAAGGAAUUAUGAUACAACAGAUUCUAACAUAACUAUCAAGUAGUUUAGAAUAAAAUUACAUUUGCACAAUUAUCUAUUAUUCAUCUAUUAUAUUUGACAGGAUUGCUUUUUAGUACAUAUUUACAAGUCAUAUUAGAAAUAUAAUUCUACAAAUCUAUUAACAAUUAGUUUUAGAAAAAUUUUAAGAAAAAUAUAUAUGUAUUAACAAGUAUAUUGAUGUAUCAAAGAAUUAUUUUUCUUUUAUCUAAAUCUGAUAGUUGCUUUUGUAAUAUGUAC